CUAUAUUCAGAGGAGGUUUGUGCAAAUCAUCUGUUGCGGUGGGUGAAGUUUAGCAGGCAUGAUGCAGGCUCUCUGGGCUCUGUGGCUGUCUGCUUUUCCAGCUCUGCUGGGAGCUUCACCGCUGUUUUUGGAGAAGGAAAGCAAUGGCUCCAGAAUCUGUAAGCCUGCUCCGACGUGGGAGAUCGAUGGCAAGAUUCCGAUGAAGGACCUUCUAGGAAAUGUUGUCGUUGUGGCUCUUCUUAAAGCGAGCUGACAGUUCUGUCUCAUGCAGGCUGCUAAGUUGGGAGGCCUGCGUGACAAGCUGGCCCUUGGCAAGCUGACUAACAUAUCAUUCCUGGUUGUCAAUGAGCAGGAUGCACAGUCCAGAGCCUUGUACUGGGAGCUGAAGAGGAGGACGGCAGAGGGCAUCCCUGUGUAUCAGCAGAGCCCACUGCAAAAUGACGUCUGGGACAUCUUAGAGGGAGACAAGGAUGAUUUCUUAGUUUAUGACAGAUGUGGCCAUCUCACCUUCCACAUUGUCCUGCCCUUCAGUUUCCUUCACUACCCUUAUAUAGAAGCUGCCAUCAGGGCUACGUACCACAAAAAUAUAUGCAACUGCUCAUUACAUGCAAACUCCUCUAUAUCAGAAGGCUUCAAAAACAACCAGAAGACUAACAAUACGGAGUCUGUAACUGUUGAGCAUCAUCAUCAUCAACAUGAGCAUCAUCAUCAUCAACAUGUGCAUCAUCAUCAUCAUAAUCAUCAAAAUAAAAAUAACAGCACAGGCGAUUCAGAUGUGACCAGCGUACCAAAGGAACAAAUCCAGCAUUCACAUCAAGAAGAACAUAGUCAUCACUAAAGGAAUAUCUGAGAGUGCUGAACGAAAGAGUUUGCUAUUUGUAUUAUUUGUUAACUGCCUUGUAUUUAUGUGAUUAUAUGAUGUUUUAAGGAAACUUGUUUAUGACCCAGUCUAUGAAAGGAGCUGUAUAAAAAUAAAUCUACAUCAGCAUUUAA